AUGAAGCACCUUUGCUACGAAGGAAGCGCGUUUCUGCGUCAGCGUCUGCUGCUGUCCACACUGACCGGCCAGCCGGUGCGGAUCUCGCAGAUUCGCGCAGCGCCGGGGGGACUAGCGAUGCCAGGCCUGCGGCCGUACGAGGCUUCUUUGCUUCGCCUUCUCUGUAAAGUGACAGCGGGGACGCGCGUCCACAUCGACGCGACAGGGACAGUCUUGACGUACGUGCCUGGUCAGUUGCUAGGUAGCGACGAAGAUAACCCGGACAGCCUGGUGCAUGUUUGUCACCCAGGCAGAGGCCUCUCGUAUUACCUCGACGUGCUACUCCUCCUUGCCCCAUUCUGCAAAAAUCCCCUGUCGAUUUCGCUCUCCGGCGUCACGGACGGGUCUGAGUUUGAUCCACCCGUCGACCUCACGCGCUCUGUCACUGUCCCUACACUCCACCGCCUGCUGUCUCUCGUGGCGAAUCGCGGCGUGGGGGCAGCGGGCGGCGGCGCGCCUCCACUGUCUUUUGAGCUGAAACUGAUUCGCCGUGGCUUUCCGCCGGCAGGAGGAGGUGAGGUGUCUCUACGCUGCUCUGGCGUUCUCUCUGGACCGCUUCAGCCCUUCACUCUGGUCGAGACGGGGCGAAUCAAGCGCGUUCGCGGCGUCGCCUUCGCAGAGAAUGUUAACCCCCUGCUGGCCCGCAGAUGUAUCAACCGCAUUCGGCACGUGUUCAAUGCCUUUCUCCCUGACGUCUGGGUGUACCUAGAUGUCAAGAAGAAGGGGGCGCCGGAGGCACACGCACGUGAAAAGCGCGCGAACACAGAGAAGAGGCGAGGCGUUGGAGUCACCCUCGUUGCGGAGACGAUCAGCGGGAACUUCAAAGGGGCGUUUGCGUGUGAGCAUUCUCAAGAAGCAGAUGACAGCAAACGCAAAGAGGCAAACGAGGGCGCGACUGAAGCAGCAGAUGUGUACAGAGCGACAGGCAACUGCAAGCUGGCUCGACUGUUAGAACAGGAAGCACGAGAGAAUACGGAAGAACACAGCGGAGUGUUGGGAGAGGGGACGGAAAAACUGGGGCAAUCGGAGCAAAUGGGCGAACACGUCGCACAUCGUCUUCUCCUGGAAAUCAUGCAGGGGGGCGUCGUCGACACGAACCACCAAUAUGUGGCGCUCCUCUUCGCUGCCGCAGCAGAAGAACACCAGCCAAGCAAGUUGAGACUGUCGCGGUUGACGCCGUACACGACCCAGUUCCUACGGCACUUGAGAGAUUUCCUUGGCGUCACGUUUCAUUUCGAGGAGACAGACGCCGAGACCACCGAGGUUCUUCUUAAAUGUGUUGGCGUCGGGUUGCGGAAUACUGCAAGGAAGACUUUUUAA